ACACAGUCCACUGAUUCUGAGUAUAUUACUGUCUAAUGUUCAGUCUCUGGAUAAUAAAGUAGACAAGCUCAGGGCGAGGAUCUCCUUCUAUAGAGGCAUCAGGGACUGUAAUAUACUUUGUUUCACAGAAUCAUGGCUCUCUCGGGAUAUACUGUCCCGUCCAUACAUCCAGCUGGGUUCUCAGUACAGUACGCAGACAGGAAUAAAGAACUAUCAGAGAGGAAGGGUGGGGGUGUAUAUUUCAUGAAUAACUACCCAUGGUGUGAUAACAUACAGAAACCCAAGUCCUUUUGUUCACCCGACCUAGAAUACAUCACAAUCAAAUGGUGACCAUAUACCUCCCAAGAGAAUUCUCUUUGAUUAUAGUCACAGCUGUGUAUAUUUCCCUCUCAAGCUGAUACCACAACGGCCCUCAAGGAACUACACUGGACAUUAUGCAAACUGGAAGCCAUGUAUCCUGAGGCUGCAUUCAUUGUGACUGGGGAUUUUAACAAACCAAAUUUGAGGGAAAUGCUACCGAAGUUCUAUCAACACAUUGACUGUAGUACUCGCUCUUGAAAAACACUCAAUCACCAUGGACGCCGACGCCUUGCUCCUGGACAAGUUAAACACCUUCUACACCACUUUGAGAAUAACCGUGCCACCAACACGGCCUGCUCUCGUUCUUAUGAGGUUAGACAUUUUAAGCGUGUUAACCCUCCCAAGGCUGCUGGCCAGGACGGCAACCCUAGCCAUGUCCUCAGAGCAUGCUCACACCAGGUGGCUGGAGUAUUAAGGGACAUAUUCAAUCUCUCCCUAUCUCAGGUGCUGUCCCCACUUGCUUCAAGAUGUCCACCAUUGUUCCUGUACACAAGAAAGCAAAGGUUACUGAACUAAAUGACUAUUGCCCCUUAGCAUUCACUUCGGUCAUCAUGAAGUGCUUUGAGAGGCUAGUUAAGAAUCAUAGCACCUCUACCUUACCUGACACCCACUUCAAUUUGCUUACCGCCCCAAUAGAUCCACAGACAAUGCAAUUGCCAUCGCAUUGUACACCGCCCUUUCCCAUCUGGUCAAGAGGAAUACCUAUGUAAGAAUGCUGUUCAUUGAAUAAAGCUCAGCCUUCAACACCAUAGUAUCCUCCAAGCUCGUUAUUAACCUCGGGGGGCCUGGGUUUGAACCCUGCCCUGUGCAACUGGGUCCUGGAGUUCCUGAUGGGCCGCCCCCAGGUGGUGAAGGUAGGAAACCACAUCUUCGCUUAUCCUCAACACAGUGACCCCACAAGGGUGGGUGCUCAGAUCCCUCCUGUACUCCCUGUUCAACCAUGACUGCGUGGCCACGCACGCCUCCAACUCAAGUAUCAAAUUUGCAGAUGACACACGGUAGUAAGCCUGGUUACCAACGGUGACUAGACAGCCUACGAGGAGGAGGUGAGGGCCCUGGCGGAGUGGUGAGAGGAAAAUAACCACAAUGUCAACAAAACGAAGGAGCUGAUCGUGGACUUGAGGAAACAGCAGAGGGAGCACACCCCUAUCCACAUCGACGGGACCACAGUGAAGAAGGUAGAAAGCUUUAAGUUCCUCAUCGUACAUAUCACUGACAAUCUGAAAUGGUCCACGCACACAGACAGUGUGGUGACAAAGGCGCAACAGCACCUGUUCAACUUCAGCAGGCUGAAGAACUUCGGCUUGGCCCCUAAGACCAUCGAACUUUUACAGAUGCACAAUUGAGAGCAUUCUGUUUGGCUGUGUCACCGCCUGGUACGGAAACUGUACCGCCUGCUACCACAGGGCUCUCCAGAGGAUGGUGCAGUCUGCCCAAUGCAUCACCGGGGGCACACUGCCUUCCCUCCAGGACACAUACAGCACCCAAUGUCACAGGAAGGCCAAAAUGAUAAUCAAGGACAUAAACCACCCCAGCCAAGGCCUGUUCACCCUGCUAGAAGGCAAGAUUCUGAGUAGACUGUGAGUGUGCAUGGGCAGUUAGUACAGUAUGGAGGAGUUCCCAGAGAGCUUUAACCAGCUGGAACUGCUGAAGACCCACGACCACCUGAUCCCCCGCGGAGCAUGCAGCCUCUGGCCGGGAGACGAAGGAGAGGAAGAGGAGGAGGGGGAAAGGAGUGAAGAGUGGUGUCAGCAGAAGGAGGAGAAGCUGAAAGACCGACCGGAGGAGCUAAUGCUGUGGGCGGCAGAGAAUAACAGACUGCCAACGGUGAAGCGGCUGCUCUCGGUCGACCCCUUGCUUGCGCAUUGCCAGGACGAGGACGGCUAUACUCCGUUGCACCGUGCGGCCUACGGAGGUCACGCCGCCACGGCCUCUACCCUGUUGGCAGCGGGCACCGAAGUUAACUCCCGCACUGCCGAUGGCUGGACGCCCCUACACAGUGCCUGUCGCUGGGGCCAAGUUGCCACUGCGUCCCUGCUGUUGCGCCAAGGGGCGGAGUUGAACGCCCAGACCAACGGCGGCCUCACAGCGCUCCAUCUAGCUGCCUCCCACCCUGGACCGGGCUCCGCCCACACACUGGAGUUCCUCCUAUCGCAGCGCCACAUCAAGGCGGAGCUUCAGAGCAAUAGCAGGGAGACGGCUAGUGAAAUCGCACGCCGAAGUGGACCACACCACUUCCUGUUUGAGAUGGUGGAGGACUGUAACAGUGUGCGGUCUCCCCGGUGACACCCCCCCCCCCCCCUUUCACACACACACGUACAUCAGCUCUUCUUUCCCUCUACCCAGGGGCCUUCAUGGAAGACAAUACAAUGUUCCAAGAAGUGUCUUAUGAACGUAUGGACAGUCACGUACACCACCACAGUCUUUCUUUGCAGUCCUGGGAGGAAACCUCAAUUCUCAAUAUGAUGACAGUUUAUCUCAUAUAUUCUCUGUACGCUUUAUUUGUCUGAGUCCCAAAUGGCAACAUAUUCUGUACAUAGUGCACUACUUUUGGGUCCUGGUCAAAACUAGUGCACUGUGUAAGGGAAUAGGGUGCCAUUUUGGAUGCAGACCCUAAUAGCUGGGUACUUGGAAUGGGUUGAAAAUAAGUGGUCCAAUUAGCAUCCUCAGAUACUAUGGGUGAUUUUUAGCAUGGAAACCCACAUGGUCAGACUGUACUUUGGAUUAGUUCAUCUUGUGAUUGGGUGAAGGUGAUCCAAUUGCUGACUUAAAUUAUUUUAUUUUUAAAUAAUGCCUGUCAUUACAGACGUAGGCUCAAAUGGGUUUCAGCGGUGGGAUGACUAAUAUUGUGAAAUGAAGCAGAUCAGUCUGGAUUCCAGGCUAAAUUGUGUGUGCUGGAGUAAUGUUUCUCAAUGGUCUCUGAGCAUUGGGGGUGUAUUCAUCUCAUUUAUUGAAUUGAUUGUUGAGCGUUGUGGCCAUUUUAGAUGAUUUAUUCAAAUUCUAUGCUAAUUCUACAGCUAAUUUGUUAGUCAUCCAAGUGUCAUCCGUGCUCGCUGUAGAAAUAAAAAUCAAAUCAGUCUAAAUCUUUAACGACGUUUCCCUUAAUGCCUUUGAAUGUCCCAUCUCCCUUUACAAAUAAUGGCCGCCAUUUUGAUAGCGCUUACCAAACACAACCUGAGGAUAUUAUUCAGAACCGCGUUCAUUUUCUAAUGUUUGUUUUGCCUCUGGGAUGUCCAUGGGAAGAUGUCUGAAGUGUGUCUAUGCCCAGCUUCAAACUCGCUUGGGAUAAAGUGCCCUGCCAUGUUUUUGUAACUUCUGGUUGUUUUUGAUAAAAUCACCUUGAUUUUGCGCUAAAAUGGGUUGUCAGACUUGUCACUAUCCAGCCGUGCUACAAAGGACAGAAGUAUGGUCAUGAAAAGGUCACUAGAGGUAAGCAGAAGGAGAGUCGAUGCUCCGGCGAUGACGCUUCCCCCUAUGUACAGAGCUAGGACCAGCUUCCCCUUUCUCUAUCCUAACUUACCCAUUAUUGGGGUAAAUGUGAAAUUGACCUAAGAUCAGUGUGUAGGGGAAACUUCACCCUACUCUGAGGGUCAACUUUGAGUGUGACAGUUUUACUUCUAAUUGCUAAGAUACCAUAUUAGGCUACCCACAAAACGUUAAAGCACAACUGAAUCUAAUAACCAACUUCUCAGAUUAAAAAGGUUAAAAACAGCCUAUGUAGCAUCAAUAUUAGUCAAAUGUGCCAAAAUUGACUGAAGUGUAAGUAGGAUAAUUUUGGUCAUAUAAGCCAGUAUAUUCCAAAACAGUUUUGUGAGAUUUGUGUAAUGGAGUUCGUCAUGAUUUACAUGAGGGUUGGGCUUGGAUUACAAUGAUGCCCACUCUCUCACUAACACAAGAUAGUAGAAUUGUCAUGCCCAGACAAACAGCUGUGCUGACUGCGCUCUAUCCAAUCAUAGCAGCCAGAACCUAGACAUUGGGCUUGUUCGACAUUUGCAGACGACAGUGCAAGCAACUGCCGAUUGAUCUACAAAUCAUUUAGCAGCAUAAAUAACUACUCAUUAUUAUUUGUAGAUCAGUCACCACAAUGCAUCAUGGAUUUGAUGCUAUAUUGAGACAGCCUUGCCCAUUACGCAGUGCCACAGACCUGUUUACAUAAGACAACACGGCGCCAGUGUUAUGUUGUUGAAAGAACAUUUGGCCUCUAAGCCCUUUUAUGGGGUGGCCAAUUGCGGAUGUUUUUGAUAGUGAUCACUCGAGUCUGCCACAUUUUUGGGCAAAAUGAGAAUUGAGAUGAUGCACUGCCACUUGUCAAAAUUCCAUUUGCGAGCGUCUUGUGUCCCGCCGUGACCUGUUUUGUAUCAUGAUUCACUAUCAAACACUGUCAGACAGACACACUGGAUAGUGAGAAAGUUGUAAAAAAAAAAAAAAACAGCAACAAAGCGCACACAUCGCUUAUCGCAAGUGACUUUAUAAGCUUAUUUAGCUAACGUGGCCCGGCAGCUUAAUGUGCCUGCUAGCUACUACUAGCUUCAUUGACAAAUAAACUGUAUGCAGGGCACCGACUAGUUUUUCAUGCACAUUUUCUUACUGCACCAAACAACUUAGCUAGAUGUAAAAUUGUGCUAUUAAGACAUUGGCAAAAAAUGUCAAUUUAUUACAGGUUUCUUGAUUUAACAAUUUGGAGAAAGUGAGUGACAGUUGUUGCUACGGUGACUCGGGAGGGACAAAACACAAACAUAACACACCCACAUCGAAACACACCGCCAAGACCCAAAUCUCAUUUAUUCAUAAUGAGCUCCAGAAAAACACACGCAGAAUCAUUGUGUUCAGUCAGUCUCCCUUUAAGCAGCAUGUCUUCAAAACCUUUCCACUGCUCCUUCAAUGUCUGUGAGACGUGGCUGAUUUUAUUUAUGCAAAUGUUGUUCAAUCGCACGAUAAUUGUUCUGUAUUUUUUUUUUUUUUUAAGUAUGAUAAUUGUACAUGCUGUGCACAAAGUAGCAAGUAAAGAAGAUCUGAGUGACUUACCUGUUGUCAUGGGAACUGGGAGAGUAUGCUGUUCUGCGGUACAUAUGUGGGCGCAGCCAUGUUAAAAUACUCACACUGUCCUGUUUCCUCCCACACACACACGCGCACACACCCAAACCUAGCCCUUGGGUAUUUAUGUAAAAAGGAUUGUUUGUACCUACAGUCCAUUAGCCUUUCAAAUGCCUGGGCACUAGGGGGAUAGGGACUGAAAAUGGAUUUGGAAUCGAGCAGUUGCAGUCUAAUGGACCCUGGGUCAUAUUAAUUAGGGCACACUGUACCAAAAUGUUUUGCAAUAGAAAACUAGUGUUUCUUGUUGGACAAGUUAAGAUAGGGGGGGAGCUGAUCCUAGUUCUGUACCUAAAGGAUACUUCACCUUGGAGCGAGAGCAGAUGGACUAACAGCCCUAAUACACUUCUCAUGUUUGACCAAGAGAUGCAACUGAAAUGCUAAACAGUAGAAGCCCUGCAAAUUCUUCAAGGUGCUCAUUCAGAAAGCAACCGCUGAAUAUGCAUGUUAAAACCGAAGCACUUGAAAAGAUGACAAAUUGAGCUUGAUUGUUGUGUAAUGUCUGAACAUUUUGCUGCUCAAUGAUAAGUUGUCAUGCAUGCUCGCUGUGGAAAAACAAAUACAUCUUUGUUCAAAUCUCUGUUUAUUCAAUCUUCAUAGUGCAUCAACCUCGUCUGGUUCCUUCACUGACUGAGACCGAUAUGCUUUGACCGUGAGAUGCAAGAGAUCCUUCUGUUCUUAAAGGAGCAGCACAUCAAAACUGGACAGAUUUCUAUCCCUUUUUAAAGUUCUACUCUUCUAAUGUAGCAGAUCCAAAACUACGCUAGUAGAAAGUUUGCUCUGUGUGCCAAAUGGCACCUUUUUUUAUUUUCUUUUAGUGCAUUACUUUUGACAAGCCAUAUGGUGCUCUGUGCACUAAAAGUGAAUAGUGCACUACAAAAGUCCACUAAAAUGGAAUAGGGUGCCAUUUGGGGCAAACCCUUAGCCACGACAUGCAAAGGAAGCAGUCAAGCUGUGUUUGUUGAAGUCAUUGCAAAGGUUUCCUAAGUAAAGGAUCAAAGCUUGACUAAACCACCGAGCCCAUGGAAGGUUGCAGGAUACUAAUGGGCACUAGCAAGAUCUGUUUGGCAUAACUUGUAUCUCAAAAUCAAACAUAAAAACCCUACACACACAGAUUCCUAAUGUCCUUGAGUGAUAAAGCAUAAUGUAGAUCCUUGACUUCAAACAGGCUGCGGGAGGCUUUGAAGAGUAAUCAUAGGAGGACCACUAACUGCAGUGCGGCAGCCGUAGCCCUUUCAACUCUUCAGACCCGCACUUUCAUUCAGUGGGGAAAAGAAAAGUGUGUCCUUUAAUGUUAUACUCCCACACUUCUCUUAAGUUAACCCCUGAGCGUGGCUCCUGGCUCAGUGGCUGUCACCCAGGGCAAUAGAGGAAAUUGCUCUGAACCCUGUAUUCCUAUUUUCUCAAAGCCAUCUUUCUCCUUGUAGUGUCCAUGGUGACAGGUGGGAUUAUUGUGGAAUGUCAGGGGAGCGUAUGAUGACACGGUUUCCCUUGAAUGAAAAGACUGGGUCUGUGUGAGAAUAUACAUGUUUUUUUGUGUGGUGGUAGUUCAGCUUCAAUAUUGCAGAUUGUGUGUUCUAUCAAUGUAAUUGUCUGAAAAUUUCCAAUCCCCAUUUUUUUUUUUUUAAUUUAUUUCCUUUAUUUUCCCCCAAGCCUACCACCCCUCCCCAAACGUAUUGCAAAUAAAAAACAUAAGUAUUCAGACCCUGAA